GCAAGCACUGGCCGCCAGAAGGCAGCUGUGGACGAAUAUCAAAGAUUCAAAAGUAACAUUAACCUUACAUGUGGCCGUUGAGGGUAGAAAUAUUAUCGUUGGCGUAGCACUUAGUGCUCCUUUAUUUUGUAAUUUGGGAACUUAAUACUUGAAUCAGAAAAAAUGGCGAAAUCACACUCUGCUAGUAAGGCUCCGCGGAAGGAGGGAUUCAACAGAUCGGGGCAUAGUAUGAAUCCUGAAAGAUCGACUGAAGGGCUUAAAGGCGUAGCGAAGCCUCGAACGAAGGCGACAAUUAAAAGGCUGCAGAUGUAUCGUAAUUCGAAACCAAAGCGUAAUAGAGUUGGUAAAAUUAUAAGCCCAGCGCCAUUUCAAGGAUGGCAUGCAUCUGGCACAGUUUCCCGAGUCGAGCCUAGUCAAAGGUGGUUUGGAAAUUCGCGUGUCGUUUCUCAGAAUGCUCUUCAAAAGUUCCAAAGUGAACUAGGAACAGCGAUGAAAGAUCCGUAUCAGGUUGUGAUGAAACAGACCAGAUUGCCUGUUACUUUGCUACAACAAAAAGCUGCUAAUGCCAGGGUACAUCUGCUCGAUACAGAGAGUUUCCAAAAUGUGUUUGGACCAAAGAAAAUUAGAAAGCGACCUAAUUUGCCCAUUACAACGUAUGAUGAUAUGCAGGCUCACGUUAAGGAGAAGGAGGAAAAAUAUAACUCUGAGAAAGACACUAAAGAUCAUGAUUUGAUCAGACCAGAUGAUGGGACACGAGAUGCACAGAGAGACUGGGUCAUGGCUGCAGGUCAAAGUAGAAGAAUUUGGAAUGAACUGUACAAAGUAAUCGACUCAUCCGAUGUUGUUAUUCAAGUUUUGGAUGCCAGAGAUCCGAUGGGAACUCGAUCUCCACCUGUAGAAAAAUAUCUAAAAACUGAAAAGACCCAUAAACAUUUAAUUUUCAUAUUGAACAAGGUCGACUUGGUACCAACUUGGGUCACACAGAGAUGGGUGGCAAUAUUAAGUGCCGAGCAUCCAACCCUUGCUUUUCAUGCCUCGUUAACCCAUCCGUUUGGAAAGGGUUCGUUGAUUAAUCUCCUACGUCAGUUUGCAAAGCUGCAUGGAGAUAAGAAACAAAUCAGUGUUGGCUUCAUAGGCUACCCAAAUACAGGCAAAAGUUCUAUCAUAAAUACUCUGAGAUCUAAGAAAGUCUGCAAAGUUGCACCGAUUGCCGGAGAAACCAAGGUAUGGCAAUACAUCACGCUGAUGCGGCGCAUAUACCUCAUCGAUUGUCCUGGUGUUGUUUAUCCUUCCGCUGAAACGGAUACGGAGAAAGUUCUGAAAGGCGUUGUUAGGGUUGAACUCAUUACCAACCCCGAAGACUACAUAUCGUGUGUAUUGGAACGAGUGAAACCUGAAUAUAUGCGUAAGACUUACAAACUUGAUGGAUGGACAGAUCAUAUAGACUUCUUGGAAAAACUAGCACGUCGGACUGGUAAACUGUUAAAAGGUGGAGAACCUGAUGUAGCAAUAGUAGCACGAAUGGUUCUUAACGACUGGCAGCGUGGAAAGCUUCCGUUCUUUGUUCCACCUGUGGGAUUUGAAAAUCCAUUACCUAGAAAGGCAAUGGAAGAGACGCCUGUUGCUGAUAUAUCGAAUGAAACAAACGAAGAUGUUACUUCUGAUAAAAAUGAGGAAACUGAAAAUGAGGCAGUGAAAGAACCUGCCAAAUUAUUACUCAAUGUUGUCCAAGAUUACAGGAAGAUCAGAAUUGGUUUGACAUUUUCAAGCGAAGACAACAAAGAUGUUUUUGCUGAUGACACUGGAACUAUUCAGGACGAUGAUCAGGAUAAUAAUACAAGUUCAGUCAUUUCUGCCAAUGACUCCCAGCCGCCUAGCGAAUCUGAAAUAGAAGAAGAAGAAGAAGAAAAAGAAGAUAAUGGUGAGGAAGGGUCGUUACACCAAGAGAAGAAUGACGUGGAAAAGUCUGAAAGUAAAAAAUACAAAACGUCAGCAAAUGCUAAAGGAGCGAAUGCUUCAUUAAACAAUGAUAAGACGUAUUUUGGACCUGAGAAAGAUAGCUUGAUGCAAAGUGCCUUCGAUGUUGUAGAAGAAGAGUACGAUUCUAGUGACAGUGAAGUGGGGCAGCUUAAGACGACGUCCAGCAGCGGUACAUUCAGCAUCUCUGAUGAACCAAAGAAAAAAGGAAAAACAGACCCGAAUGAAAAGAAAUUGACUAGUAAGCAAAGAAGAGCUAUAGAGAGAUCAAACAAAAGAAAGAAAAUAGGAAGCGACUUCUACGAAGUCACAAAUGUAAAGAACAGAAAUAGAAACAGAAAAGUUCCGAAGACAAGAUAAACCCAGGACUUUGUAAUCUGAUACAGUUUCAGCUAUUGCCCGGUUGAUAGUAAGUUUGCUACACCAACGUUAUUCCCGUAAUACUGAUCGAAUAAAAAGUGUAAAUAC